AUGGAUAACCAAUUAAUAGACACUCAAACUUAUAGUGUGGCUAGAAUGGUUGAAAAAUUUAAUCAUAUGUCUUUUAUAAAAGCUUCAGAAUUACCUUUGGUCGUGGAUCUCCCCAUAGAUAAAUUGCAAUUGCCUAUAAAGGAAAAACUAGUCCCUUUCCAGAAUGAUCUUAAUAAUACUGAAAACAAAUUACCCAAUGAUUCUCUAUUGGAGGAUUCUUCUUCAAGUUUCCAAAAUGGGUUAACAACUUUCGAAUGUUCCAAUUAUCCAAAUACUUCUAUUUCCAAUUCUUAUAUAGGUUCAUUAGAAGACGAUAUAAUUAAUGAUGUCAAUUGUGAAAAAAAUUCGAAUGAUGAAGAGAAUGGUGGUGAUGAUAAGAAUCUUUUGAAAGAUCAAAAUAAAUUUUUAAAACAAGAAUUGGAAUUAAAGGAAAAAGAAUUGAAAUUUUUAAAACAAAAAAUUUUAAAUAUUAAAAAUUUAAAUUUACAAAAUUCCAGUAAUUCUACUCCUCCACCUCCACUUCCACUUCCACUGGUCCUCCCCCCACUAAAUGUAGAGGUAUCUCCCUAUAAAGGUGAUCGUCCGGAUUCCAACAACACAGAGGCAUCUAUUAAUUCAGAAAUGCAAUUAAAUUAUAUAACUUUCAAAGAUUCCAUCUUCCCCUUUUUGGAAAACCUUGUUUUAAAUAUAAAUUCAUGUAAUAUCAUUGAUCAUUGUAUAUCCAUGGAAAUUUUGAAAGAUUUAAAAGAUUUGAACAUUCAAUUUGAAAAAAUUAAAUUAACUAACAAUUUUGCUCAGAAUAAUAAUAAUUUAACCGAUAAAUUGAAUGAUAAUUUAAAUGAAAUCAUUAAUUUAAUUAGAACUUUGUCAAGUACUUUAAAUUUUGAAUUAAUGAAAAAUCAAUAUUCUAAAAAAUUGAUUUUUUUAAUAUCUUCAUUUUUCACUUCAAAUGACGAGAGUAAUACUUCAUUGGAUUAUAUUGAAUUUCUAAAAGAUGAAAUUCUAAAUACAAUUUUAAUUGUUAAAGAAUUGGAAAUUUUCCCUCAAGAUUCAAAGACUCCUUCGAAAGAAUUAAAGCAAUCUUUUAAUCAUUCUAAAAUUUUCCAAUUGAAAAAAAAUUUAGAAUUAUGUUCACAAGUUUUAUUCAAAGAGAAAAAAAAGCCAAAUAGUAUUGUUCAAAAUCAAAUUCAAAAAUUUGAUAAUUCAAAUUUUAAUCCAAUCUCAAAUACAAUAUCAAAUUCAAGUACCGGUAUAAAUACAAUGAAGAAAAGAGAAAAACCAAACAAACAUUAUUAUGUGAAAUAUAAUUAUAAUAUCAAUUAUUGUAAUGAUAAUAGUUCUCAUACAUAUAACCCAAUAUCUACUGAAAAUAUCUUUUAUGGGAAUGUAAAUAAUAAUUAUCAACCUGAAAUCAAAACUUAUUCAAAUUCUACAAAUUAUACUUAUAACGCUUCUGAAAAUGAUAAUAAUAAUAAUCAUAAUCAUAAUCAUAAAAAGAUUGCAGAUUCACAAGAAGUUAAAAAAAGAUUUUACGAAAGUUAUGAACCUACUAUGUCUAAGGAAAGAGAAAAAUUUGCAUUUAAACCAAAAAAUUUUAAUGUUAAUCCAGAUCAUAAAAACCUUAACGUUCUUCAUAAUAAACGGAAAUUAUAUAUUGAAAAUAAAACAUUUAUAGAUCCUUCAAACCCAUCUUAUUUAUCCGAAGGUGAAGAAUAUCACUAA